GCUUCGACCGCUCUCCUCCUCCGCCACCGCCGCCGCAGCGCCGCCCGAUCUUCCUCCUCUCGCCAGCCUGCCAGCAAAAUGCCCCCGAAGAAGUGCCUGGACUUGUCAUCGGCUGGUCCCAAACUGGAAGACGAAAUGGAGGAAGCUGCUCCCGGUGUCUCUACCUCUGGCACUGAAGGUAGCAUGCAUGAUUCCGAGAAGGAAGUUGGCGACAGAAGCAGCAGCGGCGAGGACAACAAAGACGACGGUCGCAGCCAAUCGUCGCAGAUUGACGGUGCCGACAUGGACGACCCAACCAAAGUGCACAUCUUUGUCAAGAAUCCGGCCGGCAGGAAAAUCUGUCUCAGGGGGGUCCACUUGUCAGACACCCUUUACACCAUCAAGGCAAAGAUCCAGGAGCGGUACCGCCUCAUCUUCGGUGGGGUGCAGCUGGAAGACAGCCGUACAUUGGCGGAGUACGGCAUAAAGCAUGAUUUCACGCUUGACCUCCAAGAAAAGAUGCAAAUCUUCGUGACGGAGACGCUAGGAGGCAGGACCAUCACUCUCGAGGUCGACAGCCUAGACACCAUUGACAAGGUGAAGGCCAAGAUCGAAGACAUUGAGGGCUUUCCAAAGGUCCAGCAGUGCCUCAUCUUUGCCAACAAACAACUGGAGGAUGGCAAGCUCACCUUGGCUGACCACAACAUUUGUAGAGGGUCCACUCUUCUCCUCAUCCUCCUCCCAUGCAGUCCAACUGUUGCGAUGAAAAUAUAUGUGAAGAUGCUGGCAGGAAACACCAUCACCCUUGAGGUUGGGCGCUCAGAGACUGUCAACAGUGUGAAGGUGAAGCUCUAUGAGCUGGACGGUAUGCCCCCUAGACAGCAACGCCUCAUCUUUGCUGGCAAGCAGCUGGAGGACCACCGCACCCUGGCUGACUACAACAUUCGAAAGGAGUCUACGAUUCAACUGGUGGGACGUCUUUGUGGUUGUUGAGAUUCAUGGGAUGCCAUCGAACAACAAGUUCAUGUUUGCUGCAGUCGGUUUUCCAGUAGUGGUGAAUUAUCAUCAUUCUAUAGUACUCCCUCCGUCCGGAAAUACUUGUCAUCAAAAUGAA